GAGAGAGAGAGCACAAGAGAGAGGACAAGAGACGGAGAACAGCCACUGGUUGCUCAUAGACACUCAAGCAUUCAAAGAGGGCACGGACAGCCUGCCUUAUGUGUGGCUCCUCUCAAGGCUUCACAGCCUCCUCCUCUCAGUGCAGCACAGCCAUGUUAACCUCAGAAGGGUCACCACAAAGCACAGGGGUCAUAAUAGCAGCGAUGGCAGACACACAGGAUGUAGACAUGACAUCAUGGAGGGAGACGGACUAUGAGGAGAAGUGCACUUACAUCGUGAAGGACCAACCUCUGGAGGAAGAGUCCGAAAACCGCAGCAGGACACGGGCCGAGAGAUCCUUACCCAGAAACCUGGCUCUGAAACGCCACCUGAACUCAGCAGAGGUGCUUGGGGUGACCAGUAAGGAGUUGAUUCCAAAGGGGACACGUUUUGGGCCUCUGGUGGGAGAAAGCUACACCAAUGAAACACUGUUAAAAGAUGCCAACAGAAAGUACUUUUGGAGGGUCUUCUUGGAGGGGCACUUACACCAUAUCCUGGAUGGUUUGAAUGAGGAGAGGAGCAAUUGGAUGCGUUAUGUCAACCCAGCCCGUGGUGUGGAGGAGCAGAACCUGGUUGCAUGCCAGAGCGGUUUGAACAUCUAUUUCUACACCAUCAAGCCUCUUCAGCCUGGCCAGGAGCUUCUGGUGUGGUACUGCCCUGAAUUUGCCAAGCGCUGUAACUACCCCCCACCGGGCCAACUGAAUAUUGACUGUAUUGAGCAGAGUCAAGCUCGGGAGAAGACAACAGGGAAACGAGGACACAGUGUCUCUGAAAUUCUCCAAGAUGAGCCCUCGAAAUCCUUGACUACAUGCCCCAGACGUCCAGGCAGCCCUUUGUCUCAGAACAACCUAUCAGUUUUUCCUCUCUGUCCCCGCGUUGUCUACCCAGUCAAGCCCCACACAGAAGCUGCCCAUGGCCACAGAUAUGCUCCUCUGCCAUCUCUGCCAUCCUGUGGCCCUCCAGCUACCAAAAGGCCAGCUUUAAGUAGUCCUGCCUCCUCUAGUUCGCGCUUCAGCUUUCAGCACAGUCAAAGCCCUGUUAUAGCCAAACCUUAUCAAGAGCCCUCUGUGCCUGAUUGUGUUUAUCCUGCUCUGAGGCACAAUCCCUAUCUCAUGCCUCACUACUCACUUGGCCUUAACAGCAUUCUACCUCAUCCAUUCCCAUUCUAUGCUGAUCGACUGAAACCUCGCUUGACACUCUCAUCCCAUUUUCUGCCAUUUGAUGGCUAUGCACACCUCGUCCACCCUCUGGCCAAUGGACAUAAAGACUUUUCACUUGCACUAUCAGAUACAAAACAAGACCUCAUUGUUUCACCAACCAGUGAGCACAAAGACAACAAGAACCUCAUGACCAAAAGGACAAACUACCUCAGGAGCCCCUCAGAAGACCUCAGAGAUUUCAAACACUCUCCUCCCAGCAAUGUCCACGCAGACUUCCCUAUACCUUCUACAUCCAGUGCCUCAUCCAUGGUGACCUCACUCUGCGGAGCACUGCCCUCUCUUGCACCUGGAGGAUGCUCACCACCGCUGGGCACAGCUGCCUCUUCAGACCAUCUCCCUUCAAAACCCACCCCUGCCACACAGAGCAAUAAUGUGGAUGCAAUAGACCUCAGGAAGACCAAACACGGAGGGCAUAUCAUUGGCUACAAGACCUUGUCUUACCCCCUCACCAGGCAGAAUGGAAAGAUCCGGUAUGAGUGCAACGUCUGCGGAAAAGUCUUUGGGCAGCUGUCCAACCUCAAGGUCCAUCUGCGGGUGCACAGUGGAGAGCGUCCCUUCAGGUGUCAAACCUGCAACAAGAACUUCACUCAACUGGCCCACCUGCAGAAACACUACCUGGUUCACACAGGAGAAAAGCCUCAUGAAUGCAAGGUGUGCCAUAAGCGAUUCAGCAGCACUAGUAACUUGAAGACCCACCAGCGGCUACACUCGGGUGAGAGGCCUUACCAGUGCAAGCUCUGCCCAGCCCGGUUUACUCAGUUCGUCCACCUGAAGCUCCACAAACGCCUCCACACUGGGGAGCAACCUCACCGGUGUCCUCGCUGCCCCUGUGCCUAUCUCCACUACUGCAGCCUCCAGGUGCAUCUCCAAGGCUUCUGCCCUCUCUCCCCCUCAGUGUCCCACAGACACUCACCAGAGGAGCUACACAGAGUCAACUCUGAGAUCGAGAGGUUUGACAUGAGCGAGGCGGCAGAGCAACUUGAGGCCAUGGCUGUGGAGGCUGAGAUGGACAAGGGGAAUGUUAUUGAUCUAAUAAAGAAGAUGGAGACUCACACCAGAGGGGACACCGAGCUAAGCAUCUACAAAUCAGUAAAGGAGUGUUUUGCUGUUCAGCUACAUCAUAGCCCUCUACCUCUGCAUCAUACCAGCAUCAAACUGGAGUCAGGUUGCAUGUCAGAGUCCUAA